AGACGUUAUAAACCACUACCAUGUCAUUCUACAGUGCUCAUCAACUUGCCCUAGCGCUUGAAGGACUUCAACGGGCUCUGGAUGAGAUAGGAAUAUACUCGGAUAUCCUUGAAGAUGCUCUUCUUAUUGCCUGCAAUGUUCCUGUUGCGGAAAAAACUUCGAUUUUGAAUGAUUUCCAGAGAGCCGACACCAUCAACUACGGAGGUCUUGCAGCUGCUAUUCGUGCCAACCUGGCACCCGAUGUAUGCGAGCGACGGAUCACAGAAUUCCAAAAGAAAUAUGCACAUGGAACAGAUGAUCAACGUUUGGAGCUUUUGAGCGAUGAGUCUGUCUGGCGACUGGAAGCUUAUGAGGCGUUCGCCGACGCUGAACCUUUGUCGACUUUGGAGAAAAUACGAUUGGGUGUGAUUGGAGGACCAAUAGAUUCGAUUGAUCCGAAUUGGCCACUGAGAAAAAUUGCUCCGGAACGCUUUUUGAAUGAUCGAUGGUCUCGGGCUGUUCACGAUCCCAGACGGAUACGACGAAAGAUCAUUGGACACCGUCUACCAUACAGAACGAAAGCCGAACCAGAUGUGCCUUACGGAAUUCCUAAACGAGCUAGACUCGCUGCUCGUGAAAAUUCUGGUCCAGUUCGAGCUCCACCGCUCCUUGGAGGUGCUCACCCAGGCCAGUUUCGGGCUAGAGGCCCAGCGGGUGUCGGAGUUGUUAGUAGACAUACUAGACAAUUUGGAGCAGCUAGAGGUGUUCUUAGAGGACCAACUGGAAAUAGAGUUGUUCCUCUAUUCCCUGUACAAAUUCGAGCAAGACCCCCUGCACCGAGCCAAACAAUCAUCCGUGUACAGGAAACUGAGCGUGUAAAACUGGAACCUACGGAUAAUUCAUAUGGAUGUAAUUCUCGAAUUGGGGAAACUUGGCCGAAAAAAGCGCGGCGGAAAGCGAAUCGGAUUGUUUCGAAACAGAGUACAAUUGGCAAGUUGUCCUAGUGAAAGCUGAACAAGAGAAGGUUAUAAAGCUGGAAGGAUAAUAUUAAAUACUAUAGAAAACAGUUGGAGUCAGAAAGGGAAAAAAAACAAAAAAAUCAAUAAAAAAUUGGAGGACCUUUAAAUCUUUUGUAAUCUUUAUAUUGUUACUAUGAUCCUGUAAAUUUUAUUUUUGUAAUAUUUAUGAUUAUUUUCAAUUGAGAUGAAGUGGAUAAUAAAGGAAUAAAUACGCAAAAACCGCAUUGUAAA